AUGAACACUCUCAUCGUCCUUUGUUCUGUGUUGGCACUACUGCAGCAAGCCUACGCGCAGUGUUUGCCAACGGCGUACUGUCUGCCUGCACCUACGCCGGCUCCAGUUUGUCUGCCCGCUCCAGCACCAUGUCCGAUUGUCUUACCAGGGGCUCCCGCCUUACCGCCGGAACUAGCUGCACUUAUCCCAUUAUUAUCUUCAACACUGUCGGCUUCUCUAGCGGCUACUCUACCACCACUUCUAGAAGCAGCACUGCCGACAGUGCUGUCGUCUGCUUUGGCAGCUGCUGCUCCUCUGCUAGCUGCAGCCUUACCUCCGUGCGCAUCGUGCCUACCGUGCUCAUCGUGCGUACCGUGCUCACCGUGCACAACGUGCAGUCUACCAGCAACAACGUUAGUGUACUACUAA